CAAAAAAAAAAAAAAUGUUGAAAGGGGCAGCUGGCAAUGGGGCCUAUCGUUAAUAAUUCAUUAUAUGUAUAGCUGGCCGACCGGACAAAGAUUCGAAGCAAAGCCGAAGCCGAAAUUAAACAUUUUUCACCAAAUCAAUCAAUCUCUCACAGGCCACAGCACCCAUACCUACUUCACCAAUGACGCUUUUUGAGAAUGAUGAUGAUUCAUCGUCAUUCUUUGACCUCUUUACUGAGAAUUUGCCAUCUCCGGGACUGGCGCCACCACCAUAUGCUGCCUCUCCCUCUCCCACGAGGUGGUUGUUCAACCAUGGCGGUCUCACCUGGAACCCUGUUACGGAGAUGGGGACCGCCGAGAAUGCUGCUGCUGCGGCGUUGACGGAGUCGGAAAUGAGUGAAGAAGGUGAGACUAGUGUUGUUCAUCAUCUAGAAAGAGAUUCUGAUAAUCACUCAGAGUGCGAUUUGCUGUUGGAUAUGGCGGGAGGAAUGAUGAUGAGCCUGAGCCCCCCAAGGCCAAGGAUGAACUUUUCUGGUGAAGAAGCCGCGUUGUUCCUAAGCCCCAAUUUCCACGCCCACAUGGGGAUGGGGGGAGGAAUGAUGAUGAGCAUGAGCCCCCCAAGGAUGAACUACUUUUCCCUGCCGUCCGGUGAUUCCAUCGAUCCAUUUAGAUUGUGGAAUUUUGCAGAUCAUAGUGAGGUUCAAGAGUUAGAGAAUAUGAAGGGAAUGAUGAUGCGGCCAACUUGGAAGCAGCAACAGCAGCAGCUCUGUGCCUUGGUACAGAAUCAAAGCCUUGGCAUUUGGGCAGCAGAAAACAUGGGAUUAGGAGGGACGGUGCAAACAAGUGAUGGUGACUCUGUUAAUAAUGUAGAUGAGUGGUCCCAAUUGGCGGGAGGAAUGAACUAUUCAUUGCCGUCUGAUGAUUCCCAUUCCCUAGGAGGGAGUUUUGACCCAUAUAGAUUGCGGGAUGAUGGAGAGUUUAGUGUGGUUCAUGAGUUACAUGAUGUGAACCCAGUAGUGGAGCUGGCGCAUUUGUAUGUUGUAGUGGGUAUUGAGCUUUUCUUCCCGGAGAAAGUUUCUCAGGAUAUGGCUAUAAAGUUAUUUGAGUGUCUUGAAAUGGGAACAAUAUUGCCGGUGGAGUAUAUAAGUGUUGUUUCCUGGGAAAAUAAAUAUAUUGUGGUAGACCUUAAAGCAGAGAGCUGGGGAGGGAUUAUGGAACAAAUCUCAGUUGAUUAUCCACAAAUAAGUGAUCAAAUUGAUGAGCAAGUCUACUAUAUACGGCAGUUGCCCCCCUUAAUUAUAUGUUGUUUAGAAGAGGUUGAGUUUGAGGUUGAGGUUGAGGAGUUUAAGUGUAAUUUUUGCAUUCCGCAAACACUUAGAAGCAACAGCAGUCUCGAUAGUCUGAUCUUGCUUGGUUCUUGUAAGCCAGACCUACCAGGUGUGACACCCUGUCUGCUCAGCUUGGAAUGCCUGUGUCAGAAUAUGGUUAUAGAGUUAGGGAAUGGAGAACAAAUAAUAAUAAUGCGCCUAAAUGUCAAGCAGGCAGCCGCAUAUUUAGAAGUUGAUUUUUCCUCAGAAAAGAAUUAUGCUGUUUGCAGUUCGCAAGCACUUGAGCUUGAAAGCUGGGGAGGGAUGAUAAUGGAACGGAUCUCAGUUAGUCACCGAUGGCAGUUUGCAUUCUGCUCAAAAACGCAUCGUUGGAAUGUGGUUUUGGAGUUACUGGAUGUGGUAGUAAGGCAGCUGUUGUAUUUAGGGACAAACAAUUAUUCCUUUGGCAUUUCGGUAAAUGAUGAUCGCUCCUCCUCCUCCUCCGUUAAUACGAAGAUGCACUCGUUGCUCUACUUCGAAAGGACGUUCCUAGAAAUGCAGCAUCUGAAUAGUUUGGAAAGGCAGUUUCUAGACCACUUUGAGAGGCUUGUUCAGACAGGGGUUUUAGAGUUACUGAGUGGGGAAGAAAUCAAGCUGAGGUAUUUACAAGAAGAAGAAGAAGAAGAAGUUGGUACUGCCUCCAAAAAGAAUCAUAGUGUUAGCAUUUUGCCAGCACUACUUGAAGCAGAAUGCAGGAGGGGAGGGAAUGGGAUAAUGCAACUGGACUCACCAUGUGAAGGCCAUAUUCCCAAAUCCAGUGUAACGGAUGAAGAAAGAAACGUUGUUGGGUUGAAAAGAAUUGAUGCCAUAGGAAACAUCUCAAAGAAAAAAGACAUCAUCUGGUGGCAGAAAGAUCAUGGAGUUACCCGCAAGGUUGUUGAACAACUGUUUGGUAAGAGUCUUCAUGAUGCUGCUAAAGCUCUUAAAGUUAGCCCAUCUACAUUCAAGCGAGCACGUCGAGACUUUGGCAUCACUAGACGCUCUUUAGAAGAAGUUGGUACUGCCACGGAAGAGAAUCAUACUGCUGACAUUUGGCCUGCACCUGUAGCACAAUAUAAUGCUGCAGGGACAGGAGGGAUGUUGCUGCAACAUGAGGACUCAUCUUCUGAACCCCACAUUCCUGAAUGCAGUGCAACAAAUGAAGAAAGAAAUCAUGUUGUUGAGUUAAAUAAUAGCAUUGAUGCCAAAGGUGGAAGCAGUAGUUCAGACAAAACCGACACGAUCAGCAGGUGGGAGAAAGAUCAUGGAAUUACCCGCCAGGUUCUUGAACGACUGUUUGGUAAUAGUCGCGAUGAUGCUGCUAAAACUCUUAAAGUUAGCACAUCUACACUCAAGCGAGCAUGUCGGGACUUUGGCAUCAAUAGAUGGCCAAAUCACAAGGGAAAAAGGCCCAAUUGCUCUCUCAACCAAAAACAAGAUAUACAAGCUGUUAAGAAACAUAAAGGUAUUCCACCAUGUCCUGCUCUGCCUCCUCUAGAAGGCACAAAUACUAGCCAAUGUAACAACACAAUGUCUGUGAAGGUAACCUAUAAAAAUGAUACCAUAAGGUUUCCGCUCUCCUCCUCCUCAACUAUGAAAUAUUUGGAGGAGCAAUUGGAAACAAAGUUGAAAAUAUCACUAGAAAAUUUUUCUAUCAAGUAUCAAGAUGAGGAAGACGAGUGGAUUACCCUGACCUGUGAUUCGGAAUUGAUGCACGGUAUGGAAGUGUUGAGAUCAUGUGGCAAGACUGUAAUCAGAAUGAUGGUCACCCCCAAAUUUAACUGAUCUGUGGAUGCAGGACUUCAUUUUGCUCCUUUCCUUCUCCCCUACCUACUUGUAUGUCUUCCUUCUGGUGUUGAAACCAUUCUAGGUUUGUUUAGUAACUGGUUUCAUGUGUUUUCUUCCCUUUGUAAUGUUUUAUGUACAAUAUAACAUACUCUUGUCCUGA